AUGUCAUUUGAUUUGGGAAUUGGCCAGAUCAUAUCCUUGACGCAGUUAUCAUGGGAGACGUUUCAAAAUUCCAAAAAAGCAGGCGACGUCUAUUCGCAGAUUUCUCAGGAAUUAGGGAAUCUACAUAUGAUAUUGGAAAGCCUACGAGGCCAAUCUGACCACCCGAGAUCCCUGUUAAAUCAGGAGAACAAUGGAGCGCUCAAACAAUUACAUAUCAUUCUCAUAGGAUGUGAUGAUAUGCUGGAAGAUAUCGACGAGUCCUUGACCAAAUACAACGGAUUGUCCCGGGAAACGGGAAAGGCCAAGAGACUUGGGCUGAAGAUCUUGUUUGGAAAUACUGACAUGAAGGACGUACCGGAGAUCAGGCAAAGGAUAUCGUCUUAUACAUCGAGUAUCACCGCGUUUCUUGGCGUACUGGCAGUGAACUCGUUGGGGAAGGUUGAGGAAAGUACGAGGCAUCAUUUGCUGGAGACUAAACGGUUUCGAAGGGAGUUCCGCUCGUUUGCAUCAUUACAGGAACACAAUAGAGGCAGAGAUGAAUCAGAUGCAGCGACGGUAUUAACGACUCAUACCAAUGACGAUAAGGCGGUUUGGAGAGAGUUUAGGAGAAAAGCAAUCAAGAAUGGAUACUCUAGCGGUUUUCUGGAUGAGCAUAUGCCAGAUCUGCUGGAAUAUAUGGAGAAGUCGGGCCAGAAAGGCGCGUUGAAAGCUCCUAAGCUUCAAGUCGAUGAGAACCAAAGAAGACAUAGGGCCACCAGCAUACCAAGAUAUCAGAGCUCUGGCGAUGACAACGAAAGACGACAGCGAUUGGCCCCUCCUGUGGCAGCGUCUCUACAUAGGGCUACCAGUAUACCAAGAUUUCAGAGCUCUCACGAUGAUACUACUACAGAUUACUGCCAACCUCGAUUGAAAAAGUACAAAUCCCCGAGAAGAGUGGCAAGUUUUACCGACGACGAGACGACUAUUGCUAUGUCGUCGGAAGAAGCCGGCGGAAAGGUCCCACCGCCGAGGAAAGGGAACUUUAGGGAUGUCACUGAUUGGCUCUGGGAUGAUCAGCCUAAUAUUAGAUGUGGGCCUCCGACCAGAGCAGAUUAUACUUCUGCAUCCAGAAUGAAACUUUAUCAUACAUCAAAAAGACAAGACAAAAGAAAAUACACAAUGACAGAGGAGACACACAGAGAUCCUCCACUACCAGUGUACGAUGAGGAUUAUUAUCCCAGAAUAGAUCCAAACGAUGGGAGGAGAUUCGAUACCGACAGACACCACCAAUCUCAGCGAGAAAAAGAAAAAGUUUACACCCCUCCCCAGGCUUCUAGUCGAGGAAGCCGUGCCGACCCAAUACACCGCCCUAACCAGUCCAAUAAAAGACGCCUCCAGACCAAGCGCGAUAAGGAUCAUCAUCGCGAUAUGUACGAUUCUUACUCCGAUUCAUCAAAAGAAGUCAAAGAUCCAAUGGAUGGAGAGAGUGAAUGUUAUGACACACCGGAAGAUGACGACUUCGAUCUUGAUUCAUACAGAUAUCGACACUCUAAGAGGCUUCCAAGCUCAAUCAAUAUAUACAGAAACAGAUAUCUCAAAUGGAAGUUUGAUAGGACAAUUGCCAAUUAUCGCAAUCUUUGA